GGCCGGGGCGGGCCGGGGCGGGGCGGGCCGGGCCGGGCCCGCGGUUGGCGGCUCCACUGUUUCAGGUGUUGCGGCCGCUCCACGUCGCCAGGCGCCGGUGGCUUCUGUGAGCCCAAGCCGCCCUCAGCGUCUGGAGCGCCGGCUCUCGGCUCCCCCGCAGCCAUGGCGGGGCCGGGCCCAGGCCCAGGGGACCCAGACGAACAGUACGAUUUCCUGUUCAAGUUGGUGCUGGUGGGCGACGCGAGCGUGGGCAAGACGUGCGUGGUGCAGCGCUUCAAGACCGGCGCCUUCUCGGAGCGCCAGAGCAGCACCAUCGGCGUCGACUUCACCAUGAAGACGCUGGAGAUCCAGGGCAAGCGGGUCAAGCUGCAGAUCUGGGACACAGCUGGCCAGGAGCGAUUUCGCACCAUCACCCAGAGCUACUACCGCAGUGCCAACGGGGCUAUCCUCGCUUACGACAUCACCAAGAGGAGCUCCUUCCUGUCAGUGCCUCACUGGAUCGCGGAUGUGAGGAAGUAUGCAGGCUCCAAUAUUGUGCAGCUGCUGAUCGGGAACAAGUCGGACCUCGGCGAGCUCCGGGAGGUCCCUCUGGCUGAGGCACAGAGCCUGGCAGAGCACUACGAUAUCCUGUGUGCCAUUGAGACGUCUGCCAAGGACUCAAGCAACGUGGAGGAGGCCUUCAUGAGGGUGGCCACGGAGCUGGUCAUGAGGCACGGGGGCCCUCUGCUCAGUGAGAAGAGCACUGACCACAUCCAGCUGGAUAGCAAGGACAUUGGCGAAAACUGGGGCUGCGGGUGCUGACCGGCAUGCAGGGCAGGCAGCGGGGCCUCCCCACCUCCUCUCUCUCUGUGGCCUGCCAAACCCAGCCCUCCAGAGCUGGCCCUCCAGGGCAUCAGCGAUUCUAGAGCAACUGUAUAAAGUCCUAGAAUUACUCAUCCCAUGGCCUGGAUGCUUGAUGGGAAAGCUACCCCGAGGAAGGAAGAAGUAUGAUUCCUCCUGCAAGAGGCCUGUUGGCACAGGGUAGGGUACGGGGCCCAUCCUGCCCGUCAGAGGCUGUUCCCUCCAUGCUCUUCACAUUCCAGGGCUGGCCUGACGCUGCCGGUGUGGACCGCAGAGGGAGAGGGGCCAGGAAUGUGCCUCCCCUGCUCCACACAUACUAGUUCUGAUCAUUUCACGCCUUGCGUCUGCUGCAGCUGUGGCAACAGGUUGCUGCUUUCCAGGGAUGUGGCUGGUGCCCCGGGUUCUCCCAGGUCAUUCCAGGGCCAUCACAUGCACCUGCAGAGAGCAAGAGCAACCAGACCAACAGACUGGUUCCUGAGCACUGCCCCAGGGAAGCCCUGACUCCUUCCAGGCGAGGAACCUUCUUUCUUCACUGCCAGCUCUAAGCUCACAGACACUAUGUGGCCCAGCUUGCUGCCUUAGCAAGACCUCUCAAGUUUUCUGGUUUUUCUUGUAGCUUCUUGUUUUUAUCUGCACAAGUGUGGGGUCCAUGGCCCACAGCCAUGUGGCCCACAGCCACGUCUGCUGUCUUGGGGCCCAAAGUUUUGCCACUGAGAUUGCAAAACCAGCUUCUUCAGUACCCGCUCUCAGAAGCUUGGGGGUAGGAGGACUGAGAUAGGAACAGGGACAUUUAAGGGAAAAGUAAAAAUUGCAUCCUUGAGGCUCAGGUCUGAGAGGGACCUUGAGAACACCCAGUCUUAACCCAUGUGCAGAAAUCUCGCCUGCCAUGUUUAAAGUCUCAGUUCGCCCACUGCUCCCAGUCUAGCCUCUAGAGUUUCUCAAACAAAAAAAGAUGAGGCGGUGGCAAUUCUGGGUUUGGCUGUUUCACCCCCAUGGGCCCACCUGCCCUCAAUAGCCUCAGUGUGCUCUCAGUGCUAAGGUUACAAGGCAGGUUGGGGCUGAGAUCCCUGGGGAUCUUAAAAGUAGCACCAGUCUCUGCCGUGUAGCUCAGGAUUACAGGGACCCCAGUCCCUCCAUGUCAGCGCAGUCCAGCUCCUCUGGUCGCUCAGUUUGGGGCCCUAGGAAAUAAAUUGCUCUCAGAGCAUGAUGGGACCUAGGCACAGGCAUCCUGUGUCCUGUGCCUAGGUCACGUCUGAAAGAGAAGCCAGGACACAGGGUGCCUAUGGCUAGAUCACAUCAUGAAGAGAAGCAGCCCAGAGCCUGUAAGAGCCCAGGCAGCACUCCAGGCUUUGUCCCAGUCCCCAAGGCAGGCUGCAGCACUCCAGCUCAGACUUCCCUUGCCUUCUUCAACUCCAAGCACUUUGAUCUGUAUCGCCACCUCUCCCAGGCAGCCUGGCUGCAGACCUUUUGCAAUAGCCCCACAACGGUCUGAGAAGGCAGGGUUGGGCAUGAACAGCUGAGACUGAGACAUACAGGGCUGGAGGCUCCCUUUCAGGCAGGGAGGCAGCCAUGGAACAGCUGAGCCUGGUUCUGGAGGGGAAGUAUGUUGGCCUGGUCGGGCCAGAAGCUGUUGAGCAAGGGUCUACAGUGAGGGGAAUCAGCGCACUGUUGGCUGGGGUGAGGUAGGAGCUGGGAAAAAGAAGAAUGCCUGGCUUCCUUCCUCAGCAGCCUUGCUCAUGGGAUGGGGCCCAGUUGCUGGCAGGGAGCUGAUAUCUCACUGACCCCUCCAUUGCAGUCCCUGGACUCCACCUGCCAUUGAAAGUGCCCUAAAGAGGGUUCCAUUCAGGCCAAAGGCAAAGGUCCUCCAGCCCCAUGACCUCUCUGCUAGAUGCUGAUAUUUGGGCAGAGCUGGGCAUUCAACCCAUGCCCCAGCUGGAAGAGAAGUCUCAUCAAACCCUACCUUGCAGACGUGUUGCUUUGGGAGGUGGGGAAACAUGCAAGGGGUCUUGGAGCAGAGGCCUAGGCCUGCACACCUGUGAUUGACUUGCAGCCACAGUUCCAGCCACGCAAAGGUACUGACCUUGCUCAUACCUACUUGCUGCUCCCUCCUGCCUUGAGGCUGAGGACGACCUCAGCUGCCUCGCAGGGCUUAGGGAAAGAGGGAGGCCCCUAUACCCCUUCUUCACAUGGAUGCCCUGAGCUGCCAUGAGGAUCCAGGGGAGGCACAGGAAGAGGUAGCUGGCUGGCGAUGGGCUCAUUUGUCACCUUGGAAUAUGAGCCAUACCCCUUCUCGGGCGGGAGACCUGAAACCUUGUAAAGGUUUGACCCAGAAGGGGGAAGAAAUAGCCAGCCCAGCCUGGGACCAGGGAGGUUUCUUCUCACUGGUGACCUCUUGUUUUACCCAGAAACCAAGGAAACAAUACUUCACUUCCUCCCCUUUCACAAUCCCAGGAUGUUCGAAACACUGGGCCAAGUGGGUCUCCUGCCACCCCAUCCUUCCUGCAUGGGAGCAACCUCCUUCAUGGGUUUAGCCUAGAAAUCAGAAGUCACUUUGGGCUCCUCAAUGUCUCCCUGCACCCUACCACAGUGCUGGGGUCCCAUCUCCAGCGUGCCCUGCCUCCGCUCACCUGGACAUCUCAUUGACCUCCUUGGUCCCUGGGCUUCUCGCCUCCAUUGCCCAAGCCACUUUCCUGCUGCUGUCAAAGUGGCAGUUGUGAAAGGUCACUUCUGGUCCUGUCCCCCCUCCCCAGUACCUUCCAGGGUGCUCUGAGGCACUCAGUACUGUCCACACUUGACUCAGAUGUCCAAGGCCUUCACAGCUUUGCCCUGGCUUUUCUCCAGUACCUGCUUGUCCCCCAGGAACACCCUCUGUCCAGGCCAACCCCUUCCUGUCUUCCCCCCACUUACCCUGCCUUUUUAGUCAUGUCAUCUGUAAUCCAGCUGGAUACCUCUGAGAACUGGCCCCGUCAUCCCAAGCUAGUCCCUUGCUCAUAGUACCCCUUAGUAAGAAUUGGUUCUUUCCCGUCUCCUUGGUCUCUGAGAUCCACUCCUCGCCAACAAACACAGACACACACACAC